CAAUAUUUGAAUUUUAAAUUUAUACUAUUUAUGACUGAAGCUGGUAUUAAAUAAGAAAAUAUUUAAAAUUGUUCUGUGCGACUGUGCUUGUGUAGUUGUAGUGCUGUAAAAAUCAAAUUACAUCCAAUGAAUGGGUUAAAUUACUUUUUUAUACAAGUUUAAUUUUUAAUUGAAUUUUGCUUUGAAAAAUAAUCGUUUACCCUUCCGAGAUCACUUACACGAUAUCAACGUCGAUAAAUAAUAAAUAUGAAUGAAUUGGAUUAUGAAAAGAGUAAAAAAUAUUGGUCCAAUGUCCCCGCUUCUGUAAAUGGUAUGCUCGGAGGGUUCUCCUGUUUGACAACUAAGGAUAUCAAGGAUUCUGAUCUUUUCCUCAGAAAAUUGUUUCGAAUGGAAAACGGUCCUUCAAAUGGCCGAGUGUUAGAUUGCGGUGCUGGAAUUGGCAGAAUAACCAAAAACCUAUUGUGCAAACACUUCAAGUGUGUUGAUAUGCUGGAACAGGACGAAAAAUUUUUGGAAAAAGCCAAAUUGAAUUGCUUUGGGUCUAAUGUAGAAAACUUUUAUUGUUCUGGAUUACAAGAAUUCACACCUACUGACAAUCAAAAAUAUGACGUUAUAUGGAUCCAGUGGGUUCUUGGUUACAUCACAGAUGACGAUUUGGUCAAUUUCUUGAAUAAGUGUUGUAAAUUGUUAAAUACAAAUGGCGUUAUAGUUGUUAAAGAAAAUAUUUCUCAAGAAGAAGAAGGAGAAGUAGAUUCUGAAGAUAGUUCAAUAACGAGAAGUUUCUUACAAUUUUGUAUUAUAUUCCAGAAAGCAAAUUUAGUAUGUAAAGCAAGAAGAACACAAAAUAAUUUCCCAUCAGAACUGUUCAAAGUUGAAAUGUUUGCAUUACAACCAGCUAAUGAUAAAUCAAAUUCUUGAUAAUAUGUAUAAUAUUCAUAAACAGAAUUCAUAAUCCGUUAAAUAUUUUUAAUUUAUCUUGUUUAUGUAAAAUCAAGUAUUUGCACAUAUUUUUAAUUUGUAAAAAAUUAUUAAUAGCAAGUAUAUGAUUUUGAACAUCUA